CUUUAGACCAAUUACAAAAUUCCUCGAAGGACAUUGUAAACAGCAUGGAAGCAUUAUCUAACCAAACUAAAACGUCAUCGACGGACGUUAAGGACAUGUUAAAAGAACAAUCUAACCAAACCAAAACUUCGAUCAAUGAAAUAGGACACAUGGUGGAAACAUCUUUUAGCCAAUUACAAAAUUCCUCGAGGGACAUUGUAUACAGCAUGGAAGCAUUAUCUAACCAUACUAAAACGUCAUCAAUGGAUGUGAAAAAUAUGCUAAAAGAACAAUCUAACCAAACCAAAACUUUUGUAGAAGAUAUGAUGAAAGAACAAUCUAACCAAACCAAAACGUUUUUGGAAGAUAUGAUGAAAGAACAAUCUAACCAAACCAAAACUUUUUUAGUGGAUAUGAUGAAAGAUUUACUUCAAGAACUCAAAAGCGAAUUGAUAACAGUCAUUGAAUCGAGAAUAGGAGGUGGCUGUAUAAAUAACAGUUUAAAUGUCACGACUGGGGAAUGCGUUGACAGAUGUUCGAGAGUCGCUGACGGGGAUUACCAGUCAUGUGACACUUGUAAUGGUUACGUGACGUGUGCUAAUAAUUAUAUUUAUCCUAGAAAUUGUUCUAUAUCUGCUUUAGAGUGGGAUGAUAAUAAAAAACAAUGUGUUUGGCAAAGCGAAACUUGUAAUAAAUCUGACCACGUAAUAAUUUAAUUAUCCUUUUUCACCAAAUCACUCAA